AAUGAUACAUUGAUAUCUAUGAAACUCAAACAAAGGAUUUCAUUUUCAAAAGAUUACACUACGGCUUUAAAAUGUGAGAAUCUUACUGCGAACCAUACAGACUUUAAGGUCGAUUUUUGGUCAUUUUUCCCGUAUUCAAUCAACAAGAACAAGACAACUACGAAUAGCAAACAUAAAGGCUUAUUCAACAUGCUAACAGAAAAGUUGACGGCAUCCACGUCAUUGAAAAUCCACUGGGGCCAAGAACAAGAGUAUAUUAAGAUUAUCAAUGAGUCACGCUACACUAAUCUGGGAUCGACCAAUAAGAUGGUUUUACCAAUUACCAUAGAGACUAAGAGCAAUGAUCCUUGUUUUGUCAGAAUUUACGAGUCAGCGGGCCUGGCAUAUGUGGUUAGACGAAAUGUGAAGAAGCCACUAAACCAGCUUGCAGGUUCUUUCAUUAACGGCGGACAAGUGAUUGGCCUUACUCUUAUCCUUACCGGUAUUGCUGGGAUCUGCAUGUGGUUGCUUGAUCGUAGGAGAAAUCCUGGAGAUUUCCCKCCAUCUUUUGUGCGCGGUUCGUGGCAGGGAUUCUGGUGGGCUUUUGUUACCAUGACAACGGUUGGGUAUGGUGACCUGGCRCCCAAGUCAGUUCCCGCCAGAAUGUUCAGUAUCUUGUGGAUGCUGCUUGGCCUUGUCGCCUUCUCUGUUUUGACGGCCAACUUCACCUCAUCUUUGGCCAGAGAAAUCGAGACAGAUUUGAAUUUAUUCAACAAAAAGUAUCGGUUCAGACAACUCCGGGAUGAUUCAAGCCUUAAAAGACAAAAGCGUUGAAGGGCUUUUGAUCGACAAACACUAUGUUGUUAGUGACCAAAAGAUCAUCAAAGAAGACAGCACCAUCGAGAUUGGCAAGAUAAUUGACUUCAAGCUUACAUGGGGCUUAAAACUUCUUAUGCCCAAACAGGAGAUGUGUACCGUUGUCAAAGAAUGUAUCGAAAGUUUUGCGAAUGAGCUUUCAUUCCAGAACGAAGCAGCUGAGUUAUUGUCAAGCACAGCCAUAUCCAAAGACGAUGAAACGGGCGGMGGUAGCUUGUUCGAGGACUACGAGUUCUUCAUUAUUUUGAUAGUGCUGUUYGCUGUGAUGACUGCAGCAGGGGUUCUCUGGGAGUACAUAUACUAUAACCCAAGGAUUAUCAAACAGAAUCAAAUCGACGACGAAGAAGCGAGAGAAAUGGAAGCAAAAAAGGCCUUGAAGUACAUCAUCACAAAUCUUGAGGUCGAAGAACUAUGCSAGAAUUGCAACUGCAAAGUUGAAUCCAUCUAUAAAAAGGAAGGUGUUGAAAGACUUGAGCGACUGAGAAACCAGAACACAUCAGGCUGUGAGAUGACAAAAGACAUGGAAUCUAAAAAAGACGAUGAUGAGAAAAACGGCAAUGCUAUCACUAAGAGGCUGAAAAAAGUAGUAGCUCUAUGAAGGCAGCACAGAACAACAGGAAAAUCGUAAAGCAUUUAAGAUACAAGCCAUCAUGGAAACAAGAGCAAGCUCCCCCCCUUCAAAAAAAACACAUUCGCAAACGAGCAGCGCCUCUCUCCUCGUAAAUUAAAUAUCACGUCAAAAAGCAUUAUGAACUGAAAGCAUAAAAUGAAUCGGCGUCAAGCAGCAUGGGCGUAAAAAACACUCAGUAUCGGGUUAAAAAGUGCAUCAGUUGYGAACUGGAAACAAAAAUAGAUCAAACCGAUCCCAGCUAUGCUCGAGUGUCCACCCAAACAAUGGGUAGUUUCCUCAAUGGAAUACAGAAUAUCCGACCAAGAAAUUCAAAUUCAUAAGAUUUUUUAGAAGUUAUCGAUUUUUUCUCAAUGUACCUUGAGAAUGGAUUGGUUCUAAGACAGGCAUUUACGAUUUUCAACAAUCGGUGUCUGUUCCAUGCAGUUUAUUCUCAAAACACAUUUUAGCUUGUCCGACAUAGCCACUUUGGAAUCAUCAAGCUGGGCUCAGAGAAACACUUUCAAGUAGUUUUCGAUACAAAACUCAAUAGAAUCAGUGGCAGAUCCAAGGGAGGGGUGAAGGGGGUGCACAACCCUCCCUGGUUCGACUUUGUGCCCCUAUACUUCGAAGAUAACCAAUACAAAAUACUUUUUUCCCCUUUGAUUCUAAUGGGUGCACCCCUCCCUGGGUUAACUUUGUGCGCAGCACCCCUCCCUGAACUAAUUCCUGGAUCCGGCCCUGAGAAUUCCUAUGAAGUAGCAAACGAAGUACGCCUCUAUUAUGUAGAAGUAUAGUACAUUUGAUAUCAUGCUUUAAAAGAAUGCAUUAAAAAAUGCAAGAUGGCAAAGCCAAGCUUUGGGAAGCACUCCCAAGUCUUUGCACCCUAACAGCUAGUACAGACAGGCAAAAUUUUUUAAAUUAAUGAAUUCCACAUUUCUUUAUCAUCGGAAUUUUAGCUAAUUUGUAGCUACGUUUUCAACCUUGAGACGUAAAUAAUGUCAGUAGUGUACAGAAGAAAAUAUGCCAGAAAAAAGUGCAGACAGAUUUUAGGAAAAUUCCAUGUUGUUUUGACCUUUCGCAGAUUGUGAUUGACAUCACCUAUAGCGCAAUUCGUGCGUUGGUAUGCUACAUGCAACAUAACUUUCACCAACCUUUUGAGAAAUAGCUGAUCACCAACAGGAUCUCCUUUAAUCAGUUUUCUUUGUAUGUUGUAAAUAAACUGACCUCUAUCAGAAAAUAAAAAGGUUCCGCUCU